UUAAAUCUGAUAAAUUUCCCCCACCACACACCAGAAUCUAAAUCUAUCAUUUAAAAAAACUUUUAUUAAAUACAACAUUUUCAUCUACUUGGUAUGUCUUUUUUGCUUCCCGAACUUGUUGACAAGAGCAACACCUACUACAAAACACUUAACUGUGAUCGGUCAUCCAAUGAAGAGCAGAUAUUAACAGAAUACAAACAACUGGCCAAGAUAUACCACCCAGACUGUGAAACUGGCAGUAAAGAGAAGUUUCAGGACAUAGAAGAAGCCAAACGGAUUUUGAUUUGUCCCUCUCUGAAGAAAAGUUAUGAUAGUUGGCUUGACAGCGGAUUAUCCGUAUCUUUCGAGACAUGGAAAGAAAAGUCCACUACUAAUAUGCAUUGGGCCAAAUCAGAAAGUAAUACAUACAGGUUGAUGAAUCAUUCACAAGGUGAAAACAGUUCUAAAUCAGCAGACCUUAGAUGGGAAAGUCACUCAGAUGAAUCCAUCAAAUUAUUUCGUAAAGGCAAACUUUGAUAUUUUUCUUACUGCUAGCUUACAUUUGCUUUUAAUUAAACUAUUUUUGAUGUAUGAAACAACAUUAAUUUGGUGUUUUGAGUUGUCACAAA